CAGUGUCAACUGUCAAAUCUAAAUCUACUCAAAGUGAAAACAACCAUGUUCUAGAGUAUGAAAAUGUGAUAUCUCUCCCUUUUCUAUUUACAUGAGAGCGAAUGAAUAAUCCUAGAAGACGCUCAUUAUAAUAAUGUCUUGAAUAUCUUUGUAUAUUUCUAUCAACAAGAUCAAAGUUAAAAUUCAUAAGUUUAGAGGUUAUGUAAGCUCGAAUCGUUUUUGGUUGCUGGUUAUUAUUAAUAUAUCGAAAUAUGCCAGAAACCGCUCUUGACAUCAAGGAAGAGACUGAGGAAACAGCAACUGUUAACUCUGAAGAAGAUAAAGAACUAGAAGACAAGUGGGUGAUAAGGGAAUGUGAACUGUACAAGGAUGAAUAUAAGGAUUGCACCAGCUUUAGAGGUCGAUUCCAACAAUAUUUUGUGUAUGGUGAGACCCUAGACUGUAACCAAUGGAAAAAGGACUAUGAUAACUGUUGUAAAUGGCAAGAUUAUAAGGAUAUAAAGGCUGCCAAUGCUCUAAUAGCUAGUGAAAAAGAAAGACGGAUGGAGAGACUUAAAGCACAUUAUAGGAAUGAUGUAUGGAAAAAACGGGAUUCACCUCCAGACGACUGGGCCAAGCCUUUACCAGAGUGGAUGCAGAAAAGAGAUGAGAACACAUACUUAGCAAUCAAAGCUAAAGAAAUGAGAGAAGGAAAGGAAGACACAACUGAAAAAAAGUUUUGUUCCAUAAUGUGACCUAGAAUUUAUGGUUAGAACUGCUAGCCAAUAUUGUAGAUAAUUUAUUAUUAUAGAUUUGUUAAUUAAACAUGUUGUUUAAUGUUA